UGGGGUGUACGGUAAAUAAAUAGAUUUUCAUUUACCAUUAUAUCAGUAUUUCUGUAAGUACGCAAUAAUUCUAGUAAAUUAUGCGUUUGUUACGUUCACUAAAUUGUAUGAAAAGUUUUCUUCAUCACACACAUUGCGAUACACAGUUAUUGGCUAUUUAUGAGUUUGAAUAAAAGAAUUCCCAUCGUCGCUGGUUUAUCUCUGUUAUAGGUGUUUAUUUUGUAUGAAAACUGCGAAUUUCAAGCCUCAAAUUAUUUCCAAAUAAGUGUCAUGAACAAGUUUGACAAGAUUCUUUAAUUUAAAGUGUUAAUUAUUCUUUAAUGAGUUACCAAAACUAGCUGCGCAGAAAUGGAUCAAACAAUAAAAUUGGAGCCUUUAGACCCGGAGCAUACUAGUCCUGACUUCAUACCGUUGCCUAGCUCGCCAUCUCCAAUAGCCAUAAAGUCCGAACCAGGCACAGUUGAGAAAAAUGUUCAGAAGAGAAUUAAAAUAGAACCUGAUGAUGGGAAUAGUAAAAAGCCGCGAAUAAGCACUCCAGAGCCUUCUGUUGUUAGUGUACAAGAUGACGAUGGUGUAGUUAUAAGUGAUAGCGAGGAGUACUACCUUACAGUUUUCAAUUUGCCUGGAAAUUGGUCCUAUGUGCAUAUCAAGAAUUAUUUGGACAAAGAGUGUGGUCAUGUGGAUGAAAUGGAGAUGUUACUCAGACAUAACUCCCAGCCGUCUGCCAUAAGGCUCACUUUCCAAAGUCGGGAGAGAUGUUUACAUGCCUACAAGAUGUUGCAGGAUAAAGUUGUGGAAAAUAACAAGAUUGAAGUUAAAAUGAGCGGUAUGUGUAUAACAAUGUAA